UUUCAACAAAACCAGAAGCAAAACCACACCAACACCCAAAAAAAAAAAAAAAAAAAAAAAUUCAAAACCCCCAAAAAAAAACCUUGUCCCGUGUGUGCUCUCCAGCUAUUCUUCCCAAAUCCAAUCAAUCAAUCCAUCAAUGGAUCUACCAUUUCCGAUUCAACAACAACAAUCUCCAUAACAACAACAAUAACAAUAACAACAAGAUCUCAAAUCACCAACAACAAGUAUGAAGAUACCUUGUUGCACAGUGUGUCAAACAAGGUACAACGAACAAGAUAGGGUUCCCUUGCUGCUUCAGUGCGGCCAUGGCUUCUGCAAGGAGUGUUUAUCACGAAUGUUCUCUUCAGCUUCUUCCGAUACUUCUCUGUCCUGUCCACGCUGCCGUCAUGUUUCCGUUGUUGGAAACUCCGUUCACGCUUUACGGAAGAAUUACGCGAUUCUAGGGCUCAUUUCGUCUGCUUCGAGUGGCGAUUUCACCGAUGAAGAUGAGGAGGAUGAUGAGGAUGAACAGUUGACGGUGGCGGUGGAGAGAGAACAGAGAGAACAGAGAGGGCAGAGAGAACGGUGUGAGACGAAUUCUUUGAGUUCUAAUGGUUUGAUUGAGUUAGGGUUGCAUGAUUUGAGGGUUUUGAGGAGGUUUGGGGAGGAUUUGGGGAAAAAGGGAGGUGUGGAGAUGUGGAUGGGGGUGGUGAGUGGGAAAUCGGGGCGGUGUCGGCACCGGGUGGCGGUGAAGAAGCUGGUGGUGAUAGGGGAGGAUACGGAUUUGGUGUGGGUGCAGGGGCAGCUUGAGGAGUUGAGGCGGAAAGCGAUGUGGUGUAGGAAUGUGUGUAGGUUUCAUGGGGUGAUGAAGGUGGAUGGGUGUCUUGGGUUGGUUAUGGAUAAGUGUAAUGGUUCGGUUGAGACCGAGAUGAGACAGAAUGAAGGGAGGCUUACUCUUGAGCAGAUUUUGAGAUACGGUGCAGAUAUUGCACGUGGGGUUGCUGAACUUCAUGCGGCAGGUGUGGUUUGUAUGAAUCUUAAACCAUCAAAUCUUCUUUUGGAUGAAGAUGGUCGUGCAGUAGUUUCUGAUUACGGGCUUCCAGCCAUUUUAAAGAAGCCUUCUUGUCGAAGAACCCGUUCAGAGUGUGAUUCCUCAAGAACUCAUUCAUGCAUGGAUUGCACAAUGCUGAGCCCGAACUACACAGCUCCCGAGGCAUGGGAGCCCGAAAAGAAAUCAUUAAAUAUAUUUUGGGAUGAUGCCCUUGGUAUAUCUCCAGAAUCAGAUGCUUGGAGCUUUGGCUGUACUUUGGUGGAAAUGUGCACUGGUUCCGUUCCGUGGGCUGGUUUAAAUGCUGAGGACAUAUAUCGGGCAGUUGUCAAGGGCAAGAGGCAACCUCCACAGUAUGCAAGUGUAGUAGGUGUUGGAAUACCAAGGGAUCUGUGGAAAAUGAUUGGGGAUUGCUUGCAGUUUAAGGCAGCCAAAAGACCGACUUUUAGUGCUAUGCUGGCAAUAUUUCUUCGUCACCUACAAGAAAUACCUCGCGGGUCUCCUGCAAGCCCGGAUAAUGAUGUAACUGUAUUACCAAAAGCAAAUGGUUUGCCACCUUCUCCUUCAACUGUCUUGGAAGUUGGUCAUGAUUACCAAAGUCUCCUACAUAAAAUGAUUUGUGAAGACAAUGUGUCUGGUGUGAGUGAGUUGCUGCAAAGGGCUUCAUCAAAAAAUGACGGCAACUCAUUUCAUUAUCUGCUUGAAGCACAAAAUGCCGAAGGCCAAACUGCCCUUCACUUGGCAUGCAGACGGGGAAGUGUUGAACUCGUUGAGGCUAUUUUAAAUUAUCCAGAGGCCAAUGUUGAUGUUCUUGAUAAAGAUGGGGACCCACCGCUUGUCUUUGCGCUUGCAGCUGGAUCUCCUGAAUGUGUUCGGGCUCUUCUUAGUAGAUAUGCUAAUGUCAGAUCUCGGUUAAGGGAUGGGUUUGGCCCAUCCGUUGCUCAUGUCUGCGCGUAUCAUGGCCAACCUGAUUGUAUGCGUGAAUUGCUAUUGGCUGGUGCUGAUCCAAAUGCAGUUGAUGAUGAAGGUGAAUCUGUACUGCAUAGAGCCGUGACAAAAAAGUACACAGAGUGUGCUCUUGUUAUAUUAGAACAUGGGGGCUGCAAAUCUAUGGGAAUUUCAAACUCAAAGAAUCUAACGCCUCUACACUUAUGUGUGACAACUUGGAAUGUAGCAGUUGUUAAAAGAUGGAUUGAAGUCGCGUCUUCUGAAGACAUUGCUGACGCCAUAGAUGUACCAAGUCCGGUUGGCACUGCAUUAAGUAUGGCAGCUGCCUUAAAGAAAGACCAUGAAGCCAGUGGUAGGGAACUGGUGCAGAUACUGCUUGCCGCUGGAGCUGAUGCUACUGCGCAAGACACACAGCAUGGACGUACAGCUUUGCAUACUGCUGCUAUGACUAAUGAUGUUGAGUUGGUUAAGAUUAUUCUUGAUGCUGGAGUUGAUGUGAACAUAAGGAAUGUGCAAAACACAAUACCGUUACAUGUUGCAUUGGCAAGAGGAUCAAAAUCAUGUGUUGGAAUGCUUCUUUCUGCAGGAGCAAAUUGUAAUAUGCAGGAUGAUGAAGGCAACAAUGCUUUCCAUAUAGCUGCUGAUACAGCAAAGAUGAUUCGUGAAAAUCUUGAAUGGAUCAUUGUUAUGCUUAAAUAUCCAGGGGCUGCUGUAGAAGUUAGGAAUCACAGUGGCAUGACGCUGCGUGACUUCUUGGAAGCUCUUCCUCGUGAAUGGAUUUCAGAAGAUUUAAUGGAAGCACUUGCAAACAAAGGGGUUCAUUUGUUUCCCACAAUAUAUCAAGUAGGCGACUGGGUGAAGUUCAAAAGUACUGUUGUCACUCCAACAUACGGGUGGCAAGGUGCAACACACAACAGUGUUGGUUUUGUUCAGAGUGUCCCAGACAAAGACAUUCUGUUUGUUUCAUUUUGUUCUGGUGAAGCUCGUGUUCUUGCCAAUGAAGUUAUCAAAGUCAUACCGUUGGAUCGUGGUCAACACGUGCAACUUAAACCAGAUGUCCGAGAGCCAAGGUUUGGUUGGAGAGGUCAGUCUCGAGACAGUAUUGGAACCGUACUUUGUGUUGAUGAUGAUGGGAUAUUGCGGGUUGGGUUUCCUGGAGCAUCCAGAGGAUGGAAGGCGGAUCCUGCAGAAAUGGAACGGGUUGAAGAAUUCAAAGUUGGAGAUUGGGUCCGGGUCCGGCCCGCUCUUACCACAGCUAAGCAUGGAUUAGGAUCAGUCACACCAGGAAGCAUUGGUAUUGUAUAUUGUAUUAGACCCGAUAACAGUUUAUUAUUAGAACUCAGCUAUCUUCCAAAUCCAUGGCAUUGUGAACCCGAGGAAGUUGAACCCGUUGAGCCGUUUAGGAUUGGUGAUCGGGUUUGUGUAAAACGGUCGGUUGCAGAGCCCAGGUACGCUUGGGGCGGUGAAACACAUCACAGUGUUGGAAAAAUUAUUGAAAUAGAAAGUGACGGUCUUUUGAUAAUUGAAAUUCCAAAUCGACCCAUACCAUGGCAAGCUGAUCCUUCUGACAUGGAAAAGGUGGAAGACUUCAAGGUCAGGGACUGGGUCAGAAUUAAGGCUUCUGUGUCAUCCCCUAAAUACGGGUGGGAGGAUAUAACCAGAAACAGCAUUGGAUUGAUCCAUAGUUUGGAGGAAGACGGUGAUAUGGGAAUCGCCUUUUGCUUCAGGAGCAAACCAUUUUCAUGUUCUGUGACAGAUGUCGAAAAAGUGCCACCUUUUGAAUUGGGUCAAGAAAUACAUAUGCUUUCUUCAGUCAGUCAACCGCGACUUGGAUGGUCAAAUGAAAGUCCAGCCACCGUUGGUAAAGUUGUUAGAAUCGACAUGGAUGGAGCUUUAAACGCGAAAGUGGCGGGAAGACACAGCUUGUGGAAAGUAUCUCCUGGAGAUGCAGAAGUGCUUUCAGGGUUUGAAGUAGGUGACUGGGUUCGUUCGAAACCGAGUGUGGGGACCAGACCGAGUUAUGAUUGGUUAAGUAUCGGGAAAGAAAGUUUAGCAGUUGUCCAUAGUGUACAAGAUACCGGUUAUUUAGAAUUAGCUUGUUGUUUCCGUAAAGGUAAAUGGAUGACUCACCACACAGAUAUCGAGAAAGUUUCUGGCUUUAAAAUCGGGCAGCAUGUGAGAUUCCGGGCAGGUCUACAAGAGCCCAGAUGGGGUUGGAGAGGUGCCCAACCUGAUUCACGAGGUGUAAUAAUCAGUGUGAACUCUGAUGGUGAAUUACGAGUUGCGUUUUUCGGGUUAUCAGGUUUGUGGAGAGGCGAUCCUGCGGAUUUAGAGAUGGAACCGACUUUUGAAGUUGGAGAAUGGGUUCGAAUGACGGAUAAUUCUAGUGCUUGGAAAUCAAUCGGGCCCGGUAGUAUUGGAGUUGUACAAGGUAUUGUGUAUGAAGAAGAUAAAUGGGAGGGGAACAUUUCGGUUGGUUUUUGUGGAGAACAAGAGCAUUGGGUCGGGCCAAGCACCCAUCUUGAAAAAGUCAACAAGCUGACAAAUGGUCAACGUGUGCGAGUCAAGUCUUCAGUGACUCACCCAAGGUUCGGGUGGUCAGGACACACGCAUUCAAGUAUAGGUGUAAUAUCCGCCAUUGAUGCUGAUGGGAAGCUAAGAAUAUACACACCCUCGGGCUCAAAAUCAUGGAUGCUUGACCCAUAUGAAGUGGAAGUAGUAGAACAAGAAGAACUUCAUAUCGGAGACUGGGUUCGGGUGAAACCAUCUGUCUCGAACCCAACCCACCAUUGGGGAGAUGUGACUCAUUCAAGCAUUGGGGUGGUGCACCGCAUUGAAGACGAUGAUCUUUGGGUAGCGUUUUGUUUCUUGGAAAGAUUAUGGCUUUGCAAAAACUGGGAAAUGGAACGGGUCAGACCGUUCGUAGUGGGCGAUAAAGUGAAAAUAAAAAAGGGUUUGGUUAACCCGAGAUGGGGUUGGGGCAUGGAGACACACGCGAGCAAAGGUCAAGUGGUUGGGGUGGAUGCUAAUGGGAAAUUAAGGAUCAAGUUUCAAUGGAGGGAAGGAAAGCCAUGGAUUGGUGAUCCUGCUGAUAUUGUUCUUGAUGAAAUUGAAAACCCGUGACCCGAAUUAUGAAACCCGAGCAUCCGGGCCGAGUUUUGUAGGUGUUGGGUGUUUGGAUACAACUAAUGUGGAUAGAAACCAUGAAAAAUGAAGAUUGCAGCCAGAUGACAAUGAGGUAAGUAAGCUAUUUAGGUAAAUAGUCUACAUAUGGAUUGGUGUUUUAAUUUUAUAUUAUACAGAGGAAUAACACCAUUUGAUUAUCAUCUUUUUUUGUUGUUAGACACAUUGUGGCUUUCUUUUAUGUACCUUUUAACUCAUGUCUUGUUCAUAUUGUGUUAUAUACACCGAUUUCUUAUCUAA